UUGCUACGAUCCCCGGCCGGCCGACGCGCGCAUCGCUUGCAGCGCAGCUAUUCUUCACUAACACAGCAACAAGUCGACAUGAUCAGCUAAUCCAGGUGCGCUGCUGUUCUUGUUGUACUCUCCGACCCUUCGCGACGCGUACUUCUCGCCUUCGACCGUCCCAUCUCGUCGCCGCCGCACACACGAAUACGUUCGACAUGACGACCGCCCGUAGCAAGGUACCCGCCAUUGGGUCAGCGCAAUGGAUCUUGGAGGAGCGACACCAGUCGAACGAUCUUGUCUCACAAGAAUUGGAGGAUUUUGGCUUUUCUGUGCGCAAUGAGCUGGAAUGGCUUAAUGAGCACAUGACGGAUGUCUUCGCUGAGGAUGGGCAACAUAAUCUCGACGUCUUCAAAACACCUGGGAAGUUACGUGGCAAGACACCUCACACAACACGCAAGAGGACGGUUGCGGAGCCUCGACAGCCUCUUGCGAACCUCUUCGCAGCAGACCUUCAGCAGCGCACAACGCCGGCUGAGCAGAGUCUACGAGAGAUCGCCCAGAGAAGUACAGCCAAAUCAAAAUUCCACAUCGCUGAAGACAACGAGAACGAAAGCCCUGCCCCAUCGCCGAAACCACCGACUCCUGUUGCACGCCAGUUGUUCUCAAAGGCAUCGAGCAACGACAGAGAGAAUCCGGUUGACAGCUUCGAUCAUGAGUACUCCGACGAACACUCACCGCCCCAGCCUGCUCCUGCGCAGUGGGCCUCAUUUGAUACGCAAGACACAGCUUUCAGCUCACAAGCUGAUGGUGUCUUCUCUCCGCCACGCACACAAACGACCCAGGCCACACAGUCCUUCAGAAACUCAACGCAUGAUCUGGAUAUUGAUGAAGUCGGGGAAAAGGACGCGCCAGAGGACUCGUUCGUUUCGGCCUUCGACGCCUUCGGCACCAACAAUGCAUCCAACGAGAACCUGCGCCAACAAGCAGAGCUGAACGACGCGCUUCUUGAUGAAGAUUUUGAGGAGGAUCUGCGAACAGAAAGCCGUGGCACUGUCGUGCACCACGACCUUGACACUGCAGAUGAUGAGGACGAAUACGACGAGAUACAAGGAUUCUCACAUUUCCCAAAGUGUCCUCGUGUUGUGUCCGACUCCUACAGUAUUGGCGCUGAGACACACGAAGCUCUCGAUACCGCAAACCAACGAGCUCACGCGCCUGAGCCUAAAAUGCUCCUUGACCCUACAGAACACGAGCACUCUCAGACACCAGCCGGCCAACCGCCAACCUCCUUCGAAUAUGCACCACAUAAUGAGACUAUUGGUCACCACGACGAGGACGAUGAAAUGGAGGCUGAUGAUGAGCCCGCGCCAUCAGAGCACUCCAGUCCCGUGAAGGCGCUGGUUAGGAAAAGCAGUCUCACGUUUGCCUGUCUACCUGCACGGGAGCCAAUUCUUUCGAAGAAGAGUAUGGGACGAACAAGUCAAAUCAGGCAGACUGGAGGCAAAAGCCUCGGAGCGUCCCAGAUUGUGCAGUCCUUGGAGUCGCAACUUGAUGGGAAUAUGGAGAUGGAUGAUGAGCGACCUACUUUACAGCGCGAGGAGUCGGAAACAACGAAAACACACAACAAGACCUCGACACAGCGUUUAUUCGAGCGUUUCCAGAUGCUCGAGCAGCACGCGCCACCGAAACGCAUCAGCCAAAACAUCCUAUCGCAACCUUCUAGACCUUCAGUCUACCCUGCUGCGGCCUCACAGCAGAAGGAGAUCGUUUUGUCCCAGCAGGCGUCGCACUCGCAGCCUUCAUACCCCACUCUCCCGGCGGAAUCUGAACACGAAGAAGUAGAGGAAGAGGAGGACGACGAUUCUUGGAUCGCUGCACCGAGCAAGACAACCGCUUCGGCAGCUAAUCUUAUCAGGCCUCCAAUCAAUAAGAGCCACACUGUGGCAAUCCAUCCCUCGCCGCACAAACUGAAGCCAUCGCCUAUCAAGCUGGUCUCGGCAUCUAACCCUGAUCUCUCAGCAGCUGCGGACUCGACUACACCGGUCGGCUCCCCAGCUGGUAAGAAAUACAUGGAUGCUCCUCUCAGCGCGUCAAAGGCUAAAUUUUACUCAGCUCUUCGUGCCGCGAAGGACAAACUUAUUGGCUCUACUGCAGCUAGUGCGCAGGUUAAGCUCGAUGCCCUGUCUUCCAGCCCCAAAAGACCAGAGCUGCAAGCUGCUUUCUCAGAUGAUCUUAUGGGUAGCCCAAAGCGCGUCGAAAGACCGAUCUCUAUCUUCUCUCAUAUGCGAACGCCAUCAAAGGAUUCUAUCAAGUCCAGCAAAUCUACAAAAUCCAUGAAGACCGACAAGUCCGCCGAGGCCCCAGGCAGUCCCGCUAAAGAUCGCAAAACCCGCAGCUCGACUGAGCGUGAGAAGACCAAAGAACGAGAGGCACGCGAGAAGGAGAUGUUGCAAAGGCAGAAGAGCGAAGACAAGCUGAAAGAAAUGCGCGAGAAGGAACAGACGAAGGCUGCAGCAUACCACAAGAAGACGGCAUCGGCGACUAUCGCGAAGACGCCCUCACAGAUGCCAUCUCAGACUAGCCUUAAGCCGGCCUCGUCUAUCAGCACGGUACCCAAGCCAGCGUCACGACCUGAUUCCGUGCGCCUCAACUCGGCACCGAAGGAUCAGAACACCGAUUCGGCUGACGAGAUGCCACCGCCCCCUCCACCGAAAAGCUUGCUUCCCACCUUCCCAACAACCAAGGUCAGACCGCCUAAGAAGCUUGUCAAGCCAAAUAGUAAAGAUGCGCUUCUCAAGCCACAGGAGCCGCAGAAGAUCUUUAUCAAAAACCAAUACACUCGAGCACCACCGCCAGCGGCCCGUCCUGCCCCCAUCUCAUCAAAGUCGACUGGUUCGUCGACUCUUGGGAAGUCUUCCUCAUCCAAACCUACUGCAGCUACGCUUUCAAGGCCCGGCACAGCGAUGGCCAACAAGGUUGCACCGUCAGCAAAGUCGGCGCCGAACACGCUGAAGGCUCCGCCUCAAUCAAAGGCACCGCGACCGCAACUCCAAGCUACUGCGACCUUCGAGAAGCCAAAGCCUCAAGCAUCUCAGUCGCGUGCCGAUCUCCCAGCUGCCCGAGCCCCCACAACCCUGAGGACUGUUCAGGAUGCAAACUCGAUUCGCGUACCCCCAGUUAACACAGCUAAGCCUCCCAAGAGAGGUCUUGAUAACGAUGCCGAAACAAUUCAGCGGCCACCCAAACGACCAUCUCAGCUGAAGCAGAACCCGAUUACUCCCGGACAUCCAUCACAGUAUGCCAAGGGCAAAAUCCCCGGUCUUGAUUCUGCCAAAGCAUCGCACUCAAAGCCGAUUCAACCGUCUAUGCAAUAUCCCAAUGGCGACGAUAUCAAACUUCCCGAGAUCAUGACCGACAGUGAAGAUGAAGACUCAGACAAUGAGUUUGAGCAGCCCUCGUGGGUCAAUACACCCAACUUGCGGGAGAUGUUAUCCACACAGCAGCUCAUGGACCCCGAGGCAAUUUUUGGCCCCAUUGCUCCGUUGAACAUGGAACAAGUAUUCCCGAACAAGGAACGGCACAAGCGAUUCCGUGAAAGAACUUCAAGUGCAUACUGGGUUCACGAUCAGGUCACAGAAGAGGAGAAGAAGAAGGAAAGAGAGGCAAGGGAGAGAUUGGUGCGCGAGGGCGCAUGGACGUACAAUCCGUCUCCCAGGCCCACACCAAGGGCUGGACCAAGUCACUAGGAGUGUCUAGAUAAGACACGCUUGUAGAUAUGAUGUUACAGUUGGCGUCGGGGAUGCUGCCGACUCUCUGCAGCCCAGUUCCGUUGUUUCAAUUCCGGCGUUCCUGCAUACAGCAUCAACCUGCCUAAUGGUUGCUUACGACGGCGUUUUGUUAUUUUCGCAUAGACUUUCCUAUGGAAAGUGGCAUUCAAAUGAAAGAUUAUAUUCCAACUCUUGAGUCUACGUCUUGCUUUGAGCUUGUUCGGUUUGAUGUUUCUGUCGAUCUUCGGUAGGUGGUGUUCACACAUCGAAAGUAUGGGUGGUUGAGGAGGGGUUGGCUGCUGUACCACGUUCGUUGCGAUUAGCACUUCGGUAAGGG